AUGGUUCAAUCCGCUGUUCUGGGUUUCCCCCGUAUGGGAAGACUCCGUGACCUCAAGAAGGCCACCGAGGCUUACUGGGGUGACAAGAUCUCCCGCGAUGAGCUUUUGGCUGAGGGAAAGAGACUCCGUCAGGAGCACUGGAAGAUCCAGAAGAAUGCUGGUGUCGAUGUGAUCCCCAGCAACGACUUCGCUUUCUACGACCAGGUCCUCGACCACAUCCAGCUGUUCGGUGUUAUCCCCGAGAGAUACAGCAAGUACAACCUCCACCCCGUUGACGAGUACUUCGCCAUGGGUCGUGGUCUCCAGAAGCCCGCCAAGGAUGGCCAGGACGCCAUUGAUGUUCCUAGCUUGGAAAUGGUCAAGUGGUUUGACUCCAACUACCACUACGUCAAGCCCACCCUCCAGGACACCCAGGAAUACAAGCUCGCUGAGAACCCCAAGCCUGUUGUUGAGUUCCUCGAGGCCAAGGAGGCUGGCAUCAUCACCCGUCCCGUUAUCCUGGGACCUGUCUCUUUCCUGACCCUCGCCAAGGCCGACCGUGGUCAGACCGUUGACCCCAUCUCCCACCUCGAGAAGCUCCUCCCCUUGUACGUCGAGCUCUUUGCCAAGCUCAAGGAGGCUGGUGCCGAGGAUGUCCAGAUUGACGAGCCUGUCCUCGUCUUCGACCUUGCUCCCAAGUCCAAGGCUGCCUUCAAGCCCGCUUACGAGAAGCUCGGUGCUCUCGGUGACAAGGCUCCCCGUGUGACCUUGGCCACCUACUUCGGUGACAUUGUCCACAACAUCGAUGUCCUCUCUUCUCUCCAGAGCCUCCACGCCAUCCACGUUGACCUUGUCCGCAACCCUGAGCAGUUUGACACCGUCGUCGCCGCUCUCGGCCCCAACCAGACCCUCUCUGCUGGUGUCGUUGACGGCCGUAACAUCUGGAAGACCAACUUCAAGGCUGCCAUCGAGAAGGUCGAGCUGGCUAUCCAGAAGCUUGGCAAGGACCGUGUCGUCGUUGCCACUUCCAGCUCUCUUCUCCACGUCCCUCACACUCUGGCUAGCGAGAAGACUCUCGACCCUGAGGUCCGUGAGUGGUUCAGCUUUGCUGUUGAGAAGACCAGCGAAGUUGUCGUGAUCGCCAAGGCUGUCACUGAGGGCCCCGCUGCCGUUCGCGAGGAGCUCGAGGCCAACGCCAAGUCCGUCCAGUCUCGUGCCUCGUCUACCCGCACCAACGACCCCAAGGUCAAGGAGAGACAGGCUGCUGUCACUGAGGAGCAGCACAACCGCAAGUCUCCCUUCCCUACCCGUCACGCUGAGCAGGGCAAGUCUAUCAACCUGCCUCUCUUCCCCACCACCACCAUCGGUUCUUUCCCCCAGACGAAGGAGAUCCGUAUCCAGCGUAACAAGUUCACCAAGGGUGAGAUUACCCCCGAGCAGUACGAGGCCUUCAUCGAGAAGGAGAUCCAGGAGGUCAUCAAGAUCCAGGAAGAGCUCGACUUGGACGUCUUCGUCCACGGUGAGCCCGAGCGUAACGACAUGGUCCAGUACUUCGGUGAGCGUCUCACUGGUUAUGUCUUCACUACCCACGCCUGGGUUCAGUCCUACGGAUCUCGUUGCGUGCGUCCCCCAAUCAUUGUCGGUGACGUCUCUCGUCCUGCCCCCAUGACCGUCAAGGAGUCCAAGUACGCUGCUUCGAUCUCCAAGAAGCCCAUGAAGGGUAUGCUUACUGGUCCGAUCACCUGCUUGCGGUGGUCUUUCCCUCGUGAUGACGUCCACCAGUCCGUCCAGGCUCAGCAGUUGGCUCUCGCUCUCCGUGACGAGGUCGUUGACCUUGAGGCUGCUGGUAUCCAGGUUAUCCAGGUCGACGAGCCCGCUCUCCGUGAGGGUCUCCCUCUCCGUUCCGGCAAGGAGCGUGAGGACUACCUUACGUGGGCCGUCAAGGCUUUCCGUCUGGCCACUGCUGGUGUCUCUGACGGCACUCAGAUCCACUCUCACUUCUGUUACUCCGAGUUCCAGGACUUCUUCCACGCCAUCGCCGCCCUUGACGCCGAUGUCCUGUCCAUUGAGAACAGCAAGUCUGACGCCAAGCUUCUCAAGGUCUUCAUCGACGAGGCUUACCCCCGUCACAUUGGACCUGGUGUUUACGACAUUCACUCGCCUCGUGUCCCCAGCGAGCAGGAGAUCAAGGACCGCAUCGAGGAGAUGCUCUCGUAUCUCCGUGUUGACCAGCUCUGGGUCAACCCUGACUGUGGUCUGAAGACCCGUCAGUGGGCCGAGACCAAGGCUGCCCUGACCAACAUGGUCAACGCCGCCAAGGCCUACCGCCAGAAGCACGCCAACUAA